AUGAUGCAUGGAAAUGGAGCCUGGAAUGAUCGAGAACUACAUAAACCGAUUGUUCCUCCCGGGUUAGGCUUCAUUACUUGCAUUACAUCACUCCACCGUGACAAGAAGAAGCCCAACGACACAACAACAGCAACAUAUUCAACCAUGGCCACCAACCAAGUCACCCGCUGGGUCACCAACCAAGAUGGCAUCGAAAACCUCACCAAAGAAACAAUCCCUAUGCCCACCCCCGCCAAGGGUGAAGUGCUGGUGAAAAUCUCGGCUGUCUCGCUCAACUACCGCGACACCGAGGUCGUGAACGGGCUAUACAACUACUACGACAAACCCGGCACUCCCAAGAAACCCUUAGUUCCUGUGUCAGACAUGUGCGGGACUGUCGUCUCUGUCGGCGACGACAACAGCCCCUGGAAGGUAGGGGAUAGGGUUGUCUCGACGUUUUUGCAGUCCCAUCUCACUGGUCAGGUUUACCCUGAGCACUUGGCUACUGGGUUGGGGAAGCCGUUGGAUGGGUGCUUGCAAGGUUACAGGGUUUUUGAGAACGAGGGGCUGGUGAGGGCGCCGGAGUAUUUAACGGAUGAGGAGGCGAGUUGUCUGCCUAUUGCGGGGGUGACGGCUUGGAUGGCGAUUCAUGGGAUGGGGGUUAGGAAGGGGGAGGGAGAGACGGUUUUGCUGCAGGGGACCGGGGGGGUUAGUGUGGCGGGUUUGCAGAUUGCGAGGGCUGGGGGGAUGAAAACUAUCAUCACCUCGUCGUCUGAUGAGAAACUAGAAAAGGCCAAGGCUCUUGGGGCGGAUUACGUUAUCAACUAUCGGACGAGUCCAGACUGGGAAAAAGAGGUUAUGAAGAUCACGGGCGAUAAAGGGGUGGAUGUUAUUCUUGAGACGGGGGGUGCUGGGACGCUGUACAAGUCUCUUGACUGCGUUGCGUUUGGGGGAUUGAUCUCGUGCAUCGGGUAUGUGUCUGGGCGGGAGGAUAAGGCUGGUGAGGCAAGGGUUAAUUUGAAUCUUUUGGCGCUGCGGAGGACGGUCACGCUGAAGGGGAUCAUCAACGGUCCAAGGGAUAGGUUUGAGGAGAUGUGUCAGUUUUACGAGAAGCAUCAGAUCAGGCCGGUGGUGGACCGUGUGUUUGGGUUUGAGGAGGCCGCUGAGGCGAUGAAGUAUCUGGCCGGUGGGGCGCACUUUGGGAAGGUGGUUGUGAGGGUUGAGUAGCUAUAAAGCGUGGAACUGCAUACGCUUAUUAUUGCCUCUUCAAUAUUGUGGCUGAUAAGCUCUGAAUGGCGUCUUAUGAGACUUAAAAUUUGGCUAAGGUGGGUAAACGGGGCUUGCAGUUUUGGUCCGCGCACAACGCAAGGUUUUCUUUUGUCGAAUAUUUCCCACACUGUUUUCAUUGACGGACACUCUCCCUCUCAUAUCUUCCAUCCCGGCCCACGACACCGUUUGAUUUUCCCUGCACCAGCGCGUUAAUAUCCCCAUAAGCAACUUCUGGCUGCCUACUUCAUCCUCAACAAGAGGAAUAGGACGACCUUCCACAACCAGCUUGUCCUUCAUAAUGGCUCUUGCAAAACUCCCCACUGAGCUGCAGACCGUAUCUGCGAAAUCUUGAACGAGGAGCAUCGGGAUAGUUUGGUAUCCCUCUCGUUGACCAACCGACAUUUUCGGGCGGUUACCAAUACGUGUCCGCUCAGCAUUCUGACCUUGACCGUUACGACUGAAGGUUCGGAGAAACUGAUCCAAGAUUGCUCCCAGUUCCUAGGCCAGAAUGACGGCUUCCGUCAUUUCCAUGUCCUUGUGCUC